AUGAAACCGUACUUUGGAUUGAGAGGCGGUGCCCUCAAUAUUAUGAUCAGUAUCAUUGCCGGUCUUGAUUUUUUACUUUUUGGUUAUGACCAGGGUGUUAUGGGUGGUCUUCUGACCCUGAACUCAUUCGUCGCCACCUUCCCAGAUAUCGACACGACCAAGGCCGGCUUGGUUGGCCUCAGCAGGCCUGAGCAGAGCCAACGCUCUACCGUCCAGGGUAUUACGAUUGCCUCAUACAACUUGGGCUGUUUCUUCGGUGCUAUCUUCUGCAUCUGGAUUGGAAACUACCUCGGUCGUCGCAAGACAAUCUUCGUCGGCUCCAUCAUCAUGGUCGUCGGCGCAACACUGCAGUCCUGCGCCUUCUCCCUUCCCCAUUUGAUCAUCGGCCGUAUUGUGACUGGUCUUGGAAAUGGUAUGAAUACCUCCACUGUCCCUACUUGGCAAUCUGAGUGCAGCAAGUCGCACCACCGGGGUCAGCUCGUCAUGCUGGAGGGGGCUUUGAUUGCCGGUGGAAUCACGAUCAGUUACUGGAUCGAUCUUGGAUUCUCCUUCCUCGACCCUAGCUCAGUGGCCUGGCGCUUCCCGAUCGCCUUCCAGAACCUCUUCGCUCUGGUAAUCAUGUGCUUUGUACUGCCGCUACCUGAGUCCCCUCGCUGGUUGAUUCUCAAGGGCCGCGAGGAAAAGGCCCUGGAGGUUCUCUCUGCCAUCCUGGAUAUGCCCGAGGACGACCCCUAUGUGCACUCCGAGUUCGCCGCGAUCAAGGACGCCGUUCUGGCUGCUUCAGGUGUCAGCUUCCGCGAUCUCCUGACUAUGGACGAGAACCGCCACUUCCACCGUGUCUUCCUCGCCUACGUCAACCAGGUGUUCCAGCAGAUUUCAGGUAUUAACCUCAUUACUUACUAUGCCGCUACUAUCUAUGAGAAAUCAAUGGGGAUGGACAGCCUGAUGUCACGGAUUCUGGCUGCUUGUAAUGGAACUGAGUACUUUCUUGCGUCGCUGAUCCCUAUCUUCGUCAUUGAGAAGAUUGGUCGUCGCACACUGAUGCUGGUCGGUGCUGCGGGCAUGUCCAUUUCCAUGGCGGUCCUUGCUAUCACCACUAGCUUCGUCGGCCAGAGCAAGCCCGGUAUCGCCGCUGCGGUGUUCUUGUUCGUCUUUAACACAUUCUUUGCCUGGGGAUGGCUGGGUAUGACUUGGCUGUAUCCUGCGGAGAUUGUUCCUCUCCGCAUCCGCGCCCCCGCCAACGCCCUGGCUACCUCCGGAAACUGGAUCUUCAACUUCCUGGUCGUCAUGAUCACGCCCAUUGCCUUCGACUCAAUCGGCUACCGGACCUACAUCAUUUUUGCUGUUAUCAACGCCUUCAUCUUCCCCGUCGUUUACUUCUUCUACCCCGAGACCGCAUACCGAUCUCUCGAGGAAAUGGACAGCAUUUUUCACAAGACCACGAGCAUUUUCAACGUCGUUUUCGUCGCUCACAAUGAGCCCCACCGCUAUGGCAAGCACGGCGAGCUCCUCAUCAACUACCAGACCACUGAGGUACAUCUGCGCCGCGUGAGCUACGUCUCCGAAAAGAAGGUCAGGCCUCUCUCGUUGGGCUCGGAUCUGGAGGGUGGCAAGGGCACGCAUGUCGAAAGUCACGACAGUGUGUCAGAUAGCGGCUAA